AUGAGUUUGCCGUGGGUUGAUAAAUAUAAGCCGACAAGCUUAAAGCAUUUGGUCGGGCAGAGUGGAGAGAAAUCGCCUAUGAAUAAAUUGCUGGGAUGGUUAAGAGACUGGCCGAAGUAUCACAUGGGGGAAGGAGCGAAGCAAAAAAAGCCAAGGCCACCUCCAUGGUUAGCUCAGAGUGACGGUUCGUCAUUCAAGGCUGUUUUGUUAAGUGGUCCGCCAGGCAUUGGCAAAACGACUUGUGCCUUGUUGGCAUGUAAAGAACUUGGUUUGGAAUAUGUUGAGAUGAAUGCUUCUGAUGUUCGGAGUAAGAAAUUGCUGGAUUCAAAAUUUAGUGAAUUAAUGGGUUGCCGACAAAUAAACCAAUUUUUUGGGAAAGAUGCAAAGGUGAAAUCAGCUCAAAAGGGCUCAAAUUCGAACAAGCUUACCCAUUUGCUAAUUAUGGAUGAGGUCGAUGGGAUGAGUGGAAAUGAAGACAGAGCCGGACUUGCUGAAUUGAUCAAAAUGAUAAAGGACACAAAGAUUCCUGUGAUAUGUAUUUGCAAUGACCGUCAGUCGCCAAAAAUGCGUACUCUGGUCAACUACUGUUUUGACUUACGGUUUCCUCGCCCAAGAGUCGAACAGAUCAGGUCUCGGAUUCAGACAAUCGUCUUCCAAGAAAAGCUAAAGUUGACAAAAGAGGAAGUAGACGAUAUCAUUGGUGCUUCCAAUCAUGAUGUCAGACAAACCAUAUAUAAUCUUCAGCUUUUGGGUCGUGGUGGCAAACAAGAAAUUCAAAAAAAAGAUGUGGCAGUGAAUCUUUUCGAAGCUGCUCGUCUUCUUCUGAACACUGGUAAUGGACUUUUUGAAAAGGAGAGAUUGUUUUUCGUCGAUUACUCGAUAAUGCCCCUUUUUGUACAGGAGAAUUACCCAAAUCUUGUGCCGACUAAUGCAAGCAAAAAAACGCUCUUGAAUUCAUUACGGCGAGCUGCGGACAGCAUUUCCACUGGUGACCUUACAGACAGAAUUAUUCGGAGUACCGGGUCCUGGUCACUUUUAAAAGAACAAAGGUCCUUCCAAGAAGGCACAUUUUUCAGGAUUUUCGCAGACUGUUGCUCAUUGGUUACCGAGUAUGUGCCAAUGAUGAGGGACGGGUUAUCACUUCCUUUGAUCCGAAAGGAGAAUGCUGGGAUCCCAGAUGUUGUGGCGAUGCUGGAUGAAUACGACCUCACUCGUGAGGACUCUGAUACCAUAGCGGAUGUUGGAACAUGGUCAGAAAUGGAGGAUUACAGGAAAAAAAUCUCGACCAAAGUUAAAUCUGCGCUUACUCGGACAAUCAAUAAACAUUCUCACUCAUUACCAUACUCGAUGGAUGAGGUGCCAAAGAAGCGUGCCCGAUAUGCAGCUGAACCCGAGCUUGAAAUUGAUGAGGAAGGAAAUCUUAGAGAAGUGAAUGAUACUGACGAGCUUAAUGAGGAAGAAAAAGGAGAAAAUGAUUCGGAGGUCUCACUACCUGUCGGCAAACCUCCUGCCCCAAAAUCAGAGUCAAGUGAGUAUAGUGGUUUUUUUGUCGCGGGAGACGAGGCACGGGUAGAGGAGGCAGCCACCCUGGAAGAGGGUCAGGACCCAGAGGAGGCCAUUCUAGAGGCAGAGGGAGGGGUCGUUGAGAUAUACUUCACGUAG